AUAAAAGAGUACCAUAUGAGGCCGUGACAAAACUGAUAGGUGAGUAAAUACUAUAGUCUAAAGCAGCAUUCCAGGAUCAGCUCCAGAAUCCCAGAUCAGCUCAAGUGGGCAACGGUAGACAGUAGACACAGUACCAGAGCGGCUGAAAUGUGAGGAAGAACACAGGUAUAUAAACCGUACGGCCAGGGGCCGCAUCAUAGAGAGACCAUCGGAGGCCAAUUAAGCAGGAGGGAUGGCAGCAGGGAGGCUCUACCGGCCGAAGGCCAAGAGCUUCUGGAUCCUGGUGCGCCGCCUCAUCCUCCGCAGGGGUCACAGACCGCCGGCGCCGGGUGGCGCGGAGGAGGACCGGAGGGAGGAGAGGACCGGCCUCCUCAGCAGAAGCUCUCUGGAGCAGCUCCUGGUCACGGACGGCGGCGCUCCCGGGGAUGACGAUGUCCGCCGGUGCGCCAAGAAGCACGGCCAGCCGGUGGCAGUGCUGCUGCCUCGGCCAGAGGCGGCGGCGGUGUCGGCGGCAGCGGCAGUCGGAGGCCGUGACGGCGCGGCCGUGCACCGGCGGUUCGUGUUCGGCGGGUUCCGACGGCGGCUGCUCAUGAGGCGGCCGUGGCGGCCGGUGCUCGUCGCGAUCCCGGAGUGAUCGUUCGAUCGAUGGACCGUCAACCGGAAGCCUGAUGUCAGUUACGUGGGAUCAAGUGCGUCUGUCGAAUCAAACUACCUCGGCGGAAUUCAGAAGAGUGUUCCAUUCUUCUCAGAUGCAUUUUGUACAGUUGUACCUGUAACGACUUUGCGUGAUGUUCGGUUCAUCUUUGUUCGUUCCUACCUGCGACCUAGUAUCUGCUUUACUCGUUUUGAAAUUUGAAUAUGA